AUGGCGUCCUUCCCCGGUUUGUGUAAGGCCGUCGGGCCCGUGGAGGAGGAGGAAAACGGAGAACCGGACGGGUCCCUGCGGGAGAUGCUGAAGGCCAUAGCCGACGAGAGGAGCCGCCUGAGCGGCCGCCAGGAGGUCAGCGGCAUCGGUGGAAACUACAACCAGACGCCUCCUGGUUUGUUAGGAGUCAGAGUCCUGACCAUGCUGGACAGAAAAUGGAAGAAAGAGUCAUAUUUUCUGAGCUGCUUUAAGGAUGACCGCAUCGUUUUCUGGACCUGGAUGUUCUCCACAUACUUCAUGGAGAAGUGGGCGCCCCGGCAGGACGACAUGCUGUUCUACGUCCGCAGGAAGCUGGCCUACGUCACCGCCGACAACGGAGAGGGAAAGAAGGUUUGGUCUGGUUUCCAUUUCUGUAAAAGUCCAAAUGGAGACAUUUUCCACUUCCUUGUCGGGAAAGUCGAGUCAUCAAAUCGCGCUCCUGUUCCACUUCCUCAAAACAGCAGGACAGAGAUGAUCAGGGAGGUUCUGGUUCUGGUUCGGUCUCCGGUUCUGGUUCCAGUUCCGGCAGAUUCUGGUGGACUCACUCAGGUGCCGUCUGUCUUCCAGCUGGACUACGUGGUGACGUGUGCGGUCUGCACGCGCUCAGACGCAGGAGACAUCCACAUCCACAAAAAGAAGUGCCAGGUAGGAGGCAGCCGCCGGGCUCUGGAUCGACCUGUUUGCUGCGAACUUGGCUUUGGGGUCCCGACCGGAGACACGUCCCCCUGCGGGACCGAGGAGGACCAGGUGUCCCCCAUCCACGAGAGGGUGACCUCCUUCAGCACCCCCCCGACCCCGGAGCGAACCCGGCCCUCCUUCUUCUCCCCCUCCCUUCGGAGGAAAGUUCCCCGGAGCCGCAUCGCCGAGAUGAAGAAGUCUCACUCGGCCAACGACAGCGAGGAGUUUUUCCGCGAGGAAGAGGACGAGGAUCUGCAGAACGCCGCUAACCUCCGGUCCCGUUCUCUGUCUGGAACCGGGAGAUCCCUGGUGGGAUCCUGGCUGAAGCUAAACCGGGUCGAGGACUACUUCCUGCUGUACGCAAACCUGACCUACGUCACGCUGCCCAUGCACCGCAUCACCGCAGGUAACCGGGGGGGGGGGGGGGAAAAGGGGAAAACCCCGGGAAAAAACCAGGGAAAACGGGGGAAAAAAGGGGGGGGGCCGGGGAAACCCAGAGGGGCCCGGGCCCCGGUGGGGUUCCGACAUCCUGGAGGUGCGGCAGAAGCCCAUCCUGAUGACAUAGCGGCGCCGGCCUCCCUCAGAGCGCCACUUCCAAGUGCCUCCUGCAUCAGGCCACAGACCCGGAGCAGCGGCGCCCCCCGGUGGCCACACCUGCUUCACCCGGAGCCCAAACACUAA